CGAAACAUUGCUCCAACGUGUACUUCUCCUAACACAAUUUUAAUUCAAAACUUUGUCUACUGAUAGUAAAUUGGGGUAGCCUGUGUCCAGCUGCCUAACGCAAGAAGCUUCGGAGUUCGAAUUCGAUGGAGGAAGUGUCCAGAAACGGCUGCAACGAAGUGUUUUGAUUUGGGGCCGGCUCCGAAGAUAUUCCAAAAAAUUAGCAAAACUUGAUUUGUAAUGUUUAUCUACAAUUUGUACAUCUACGACAAGCUCGGCACACUGCUCUACUACCGCGAGUGGAACCGCACCAAGCAGUCCGGGAUUUCGAUGGACGAGGAAGCAAAACUAGUGUACGGAAUGCUGUUCUCGAUUAGAUCGUUCGUAAGCAGAGCGUCACCAUGGGAUCCCAAGGAAGGCUUUCAGUGGUACAAAACUAACAAAUAUACUCUUCACUACCUGGAAGUUCCGUCGGGUGUUAGGUUUCUGUUAAACACGGACAACAACUCCACCGGAGUGCGCGAGUUCCUGCAAACAAUCUAUGCCAAGCUCUGGGUUGAGUAUGUCGUUCGGAAUCCGCUGUGGAAGCUAGGCACGCCCGUUACAUCUGGCCUGUUUGAGACGAAGUUGAACGAGCUGUACGCCACCUAUUUGACUUAAGCUGCAGAAGUAGUCCCCGUAAAACUAAAUCAGAUGAGCCUUUAAGAAAACUAGAAAUAAAUACGCCCAGUAUUCCUUAGUAAUGUCCACAAUAAAGCGAAUUCAA